AUGUCAACAGUGUCAUCUAGUUUAUCUUCAGUUGUAGCAGGCAAAGGUAAUUUUGGUCACUUUCACAUCAAUCGAUUUGUUGACACCGAUAUCGUUAAUGCGACCGAGCUCCAUUCUAAAUUACAAUCACCCAACGCGAAUCAAGUUAGUAAAUUCGCUCUCGACAUCACAUCCACCACGAAGAAUUCGAUGGCACAAUCAUCGCGCCCUGCGUCGGGUCAGAAUACCACGGACAUUACACCUACAGGUGCACCUGGUAAAACAAUACAGAAAGAUCAAUCAUCUUCCUCGCCGAGAGGCGGUUUCGGCGCGUUGCCAUUGGAGUUGGUAGAAUUGAAUUCGAACCAGGCUACCGAUGGAGUUCUAGGUCCCAAUAAAGAUGGCAGAGUUCGAAAUCCCGUGCCAUCCAAGUUAAAAGGCAAGACCGAUAAUAAAAAGGGCAAUUUUGGCGUGAUGCAUAUGGGAGCUAGCACGCCAGGAAAGAAAGAGGCACCAGGGAAAGAUGCUUCAGCUGAACGUGAUGCUGCAGCGAGAAGGACGAGCGAGAAUACCGCAUCACGAGCGAAAGCUGCUGCCAACGAAAAAUAUGCUCCUCCGAAAAAGAGGGGACUCGAGGCGGCAAAAAAUGAAGGUGGGAAUCGCGCGUCGCCGUUUGCUUCACGAGAUGAUCACAAACAACGUGCGAGGCCGCUAACUCCGGAUGAGACUAAAUACGAACAAGCGCGAUUGUUGACAUUAUUAAGAAGCAUCAAUCCAGUUACUGUUGUCGAUCAGGUUUGUAAAGCAGUGGCAUAUUUUGGAGGUAUACCUGGUGCACCACCACCGGAAGAUGGCAUCUUUCCUGAGAGUGCGAAUACAAGAGAGACGGGAGCAUUAUUUAUAGGAUGGCUGGCAGAAAUAUUUCCCGAUCUUUCAGCCAACCCUGAACCACCACCAAUACCAAGGCCACAAGAACCACCUUCUGCCAAGGGAAAGAGGGGUCGUGGAAGACCACCGAGAGACUCGAAAGGUCCAGAGAAUGGCACUUCCGAAGCGCCUGGUCCCGCAAACGGUUUUGGAUACGGUCCUGCUGUUCAAGCUCCAACUUGGGGAUUACCUCAAUCCGUAGCUUUAGUUAAUACUGCGCCCCCGAUGGCAGCUCCACCAAUACCAGUAACAGUAGCAGCGGCACCACUUCCAUCAGCAGCAAUGGCUAGUCCAAACUUUAGUCGACCGAUUCAGGCAGAGUCUGAUCGACCAGCCACUCCCCUCAAAGGACAAAUCGAGAAUCAUGCUCCUGAUACCGAAUCUACAAGCAAGCGAAGAAGGGGUAGACCCAAAGGAUCAAGAAACAAGGGAAAGGAAGUAUCAGCCGGGACUGAGAGUACUGGUGGAUUGAAUAAUGUCGAUACUACUAUAGCAGAUCCAGCGCCAUCGGAACAAAACGUCCAGCAUCAACCCGCAGCAGUUGCAAAGAUGGUAGCUGAUAAACCCGUUUCUACGAAGGAAUCACCGAUUGUCCCAGUGACAGACGCAAACAAUAAGAGUGGCCAGCCACAACUCACGUACUCGGCAGAACAUUGGAACCCAGACUCAAACAAUAACCAUAACCAUACUUCUUCAAUUCUCCCACCAGAUCAAUAUAGCCCCGAGGAACGUGCCGUUAUCGAAGCAUUUCAAACACCUGCAGAAGGCCCCACUGGUUUCAAUUCGACCCAAGGAACGCCCGUAAACAAUGGUACUCCCACAGCUGGCGGUACAAAACGAAAGCGUGGUCCCAAUAAGCCUAAAACUGCACCAAUGACUGCAUCUCAAAAUAUGUCAGGAUCGCAAUCGCAAACUAGCCAUACUUCUAAGAACAUCAGUCCUCUACCCGCGCCUGCUGAAAUUCCCGUUGUGCAAAAAGAUACCUCCACUGUGCAAUGGGAAUCCGUACCUCCAAUGGUUGAAACUCUUGUUCCACCACCUCCUAAACGGCAGCGAAAGCCAAAGGUUCCUGGAACCAAUGGUCCUUCUACUGGCAAAAAACCCGGUUCUUCGGUUGUUAGUAAUGCUACACCUCCUAUCCCACCAAGUUCUAUUCCAGAUUCUCCCGCUACUUCAGUACAAAGUAUUCAACAGACGCAACAAAAUACACCUGUAACUCGACCUGCUGAUGGAUUGGAAGCUCAUUAUGCUCGAUUUCAACAAGAUCUCGGACAACAGAAUGGACGCAGUAUCACUCCUACAACUUCAACAAUCACACCGCAAGGACGUCAACAUCAAAAAUCUUCAUCGAUUCCACAAUCAACGCCACAACAAAUGACUCAGCAAACUUCUCAACAGCCUCAGCAAGUUCAAAUUCAACAUCAGACGUCACAGCAAGGCCACCCACGCGAUGAUCAGACUCAAAAGAUGACACAAAAUGUUCCGAGAAAUGCUUCGAAUAGUUAUUUCCCGAAUCAUACUGGUACCAAUUAUGUCUCACAAUAUUCCUCAAAUCCGCAAGCAAACCAACGAUAUGGCGCUCAUCAGCCAUCACCUCAGAUGGGUAACAGCUACCGAGCUGGUACCAUGACCCAAGCCUCACCACAAUUUGCACAUGCCGAAAAUUCUUACCGGACCGCUAGUCCUCACACCAUAGCUCAAUCAUCACCUUCUUUCUCUCAACCUGAUACAUCAUACCGAACUUCAUCUUCCCUAGCCAAUCCUUCACCAACUUAUUCGCAACCUGAAGCAUCCUAUAACCCUCGCACAACUUCUCUUGCUACUGCAACUCCAUCAUAUUCUCAGCCUGAUUAUAAACCUUCCGCUUUGAAUCAAACCUCAUCCUAUACUCGUACAACCCCAACAACUCAUCAACAAUCUUAUAAUCAAUACGCAGAUCCUUCUUACAUUGAUCUUCCAACUCUCGAUCUUCCUACUUUGGGCCACACAUCCGCAUCUGCUUACGGUCAAACGAAUAUGAAUAGUUUAGGUGGUGGUAGCUCGAGAAGCAAUGCAAAUACCAACAGCAUUUAUGGUACGAGCUCUGGCUUGGGCAAUGCAUUUGAUGGAGGUGCGAAUGAUUUAUUAAGGAAUAAUAGAGCGGGAAGUGGAAGUUACGGGGCGGGUGGUGGUGCAGGUGGUUUUGAUGGGGGCGAGGAGAUGAGGCAGAGGUUAAUGAAGGGUAUGUUGGGGAGAGAUAGAUAA